UCGUGAGCUAUUCCGUCAAAGCGAAUUGAAACCCUUUAACGUACGUAUCAGGAGAUACAAGUAGUAUUGGUUUUGUCGCUGUUCAUAUGAAUUGUUUAUAUUAAUAUUUGGAAUUUAAACAAUUAUGCCUGUGAUCUUCCGCCGCAGUGAGAGAAGAGUGAUUAAUGUGAAAGUAAUCUUUAAGGUAAUACCAAGCUGGUAAAGUGCACAUAUAUUUAUCAAGCAUUUAAACGAGUUUGAGUAUGUGGUAAUAUGAAGUUUUAAAAUGUGGUAAAGUUGUUGGUAAUGUUGUCUCGUGAUGUCGUCAGUGUGGCAACCUGUGGCGUCAUGAAACUUCGAUGCUUGCGCAGGACAAUACUAUGAAACUGAGGCUGCGCACGGCUCUUUUCGUCUGCGGAUCUUUGUCCUUCUGCGCUAUUUGUCUCACACUGAGUCGUCUGCCUACACUCCAUGACCGGAAGUCCUCUUUUUUGCCGAACAGUGACACUCGCCAGAUCGGUGUUUACGAUGACAAUGGUGAAUUUCCGCAUAUUUUUACCUUCCGGAAACGUCUUAAUAAAAGUAACUACAGCAGUGACAAUAUCAGCCCGGAAAUGGCGAAACGCGCCUUGGAAAUCAAAAGCUUGGCCAACGAUACCAACGAGGACAUGAAAUACCAAAGUGAUAGCGUUAACCAAGAGGUAGUGCACGAAACACAUCAAGUUCACAAAAUGCUAAAUUCACAGGAAAGUCAUGAAAAAAAUCUGGAAUUUAAUUUUUCUAGUUCUACUGUAGACCUUAUGUUAAACAAGCUACAAACCUCAAAUGGCUUGAAAUUCAAUUUUGAGAAAACCAGAUUAGUGUCAUAUACAAAUUUUCUGAAACUACAGACACAUCGUUUCCGACGGAAAGGAAUGGGACUUCCAAUUUAUGAAAACUACAAUGGUGGUCCCCAGCUGACGCACUGGGAGCGGUUCCACAAGGGCAUUCAUAAGUACGGUCUCUAUGACGGCCUUGACCCCGCCGUGGACGGCAUACUGGACGACAUCGCCACGCAGCAGAUUGUGGACGUGGAACAGAAGGAGGGUGGAACCCAGCUGAAGUUGAUCAUGACCUUCCAGGACGAGGGUCAGGCGCUAUUCAAACCCAUGAGGGGACCACGUGACCAAGAGACGCUUCCGGACCACUUCUACUUCGUGGAUUUUGAGCGACACAAUUCCGAGAUAGCUGCCUUUCAUCUUGACAGGAUCCUUGCGUUCCACCGCGUUCCCCCGACGGUUGGUCGACAUAUAAACCUGACUGGUGAAAUCAAGCGUUUGGGGGACACAAAUCUGAGAAAAACGUUCUUUUUGUCUCCAGCGAACAACGUGUGUUUCCACGGCAGCUGCUCCUAUUACUGUGAUACGAGCCACGCGGUAUGCGGACGUCCGGUACUGCUCGAGGCAUCCCUCGCCGCCUUCCUUCCGCCGGAGAGGAUUGCGCCCCGUAAGACCUGGCGGAACCCGUGGAAACGCUCCUAUAGCAAGCACCGGAAGGCUUACUGGGAGUCAUUCUCGGACCUGUGUGAGCGCGUGCAGGAGAAGGAGCCAUACCACAGCGGCCGGCGUCUCCUUGAUGUCAUAGACAUGCACGUGUUCGACUUUCUCACAGGCAACAUGGACCGCCAUCAUUAUGAAACGUUUGCAGACUUCGGAAACGAAACAUUCCUGCUCCAUCUGGACAAUGGCCGAGGGUUUGGCCGCUCGGACCACGACGAGAUCUCGAUUCUUUCCCCUCUAUUCCAAUGCUGCAUGAUCCGGCACUCAACGUUCAUCAAGCUCGUAAAGCUCUACCUGGGCCCCGAGCACCUUAGCUCCUUAAUGAGACAGUCCAUGUCACGUGACCCGGUGACCCCUGUGUUGGUGGAGAAACACUUGAACGCGCUCGAUCGUCGAGUUAUACGAGUUUUAAAGACGAUCGCUGAAUGUAUGGAGAGUGUGGAUUAUACUGACGUGAUCGUCGACGACUUCUUCUAGAAAGUGCAAUCGCAUAAUACAUUAGAGCCACGAUGUAGGAAAAUAUGGCUUAAUGCAUGUGCGAAGAGUGUCGUCCUAUAUGAGCCUGUGAAGUCCGUAAAGGCUGAUCAGGGACGACAUUUUCUGCUGAUAUGGUAUUUGUCACGUAAUGAAUGUCUCUUCAUAUAUAAAAUACCUUUUAGGUGGAAAGUGUCGUCCCCGAAAUCCUGUGGGACGAAACUUUAGGCAGAUUCAUUAAUAACCUGUUUCACAGAGCAUGACUCGUUUAAUUUUGGCAAUCAUUAACGCAUGUUUUAACGUUAUCGGCAAUGAAGAAUCUUUGUGCUCGUCGUAUAAUUAACUUAACAAACUUCCUUUACGCAUAACUAAUGGAAAGCCCGUACGUAACUUUGAACACGUAAUAAGUUAUUACAACAUGUCAAGUCAUACCGCAGUAAAUGUUGGGAAACUUACAGUAAACGUAUGAUUUGGAGAAGUUGUAUGUUUUCUAAAAAUGGCAAGUAAAUAGAUAUCGGAAUGCGAAAAGUUGACCAAUUUGAACGUUAUAAGUAACGUAUUCAUCGCUUCCGGUGAUGUGAUUGAUUAUGGGCUGAUGGAGUCACGUUAAAUCAAUUACACCAAAACGUAUGUCUCAUUUACAAGUGACACGUGCAAUAGUGUGCAUGAUUUUAAUAGUUCGAUUGGUAUAAUUUGUUGGUAGUGUGUUAAUGUGUUUGUAACGGACAAAACAGGGUGGUUUGAAACCGAACUAUCGCGGCUACAUAUCAUAUAUUUAUAUUGAUAUAAAUACCCGGUUAAACAUAUUUAUUUCAAAAUAAAUGUUACCUCUCAAUGCAAUAAACAUUAAAUUAGA